CAAGACUAACUCUUGAUUGCACCAAGACAAGACUUUCUUUUCACGGUCCUACGUAGACAAAGACUUAUCUCUGAAUCUGCUUAGACGUUUCUUUAGUUUCCAAACUGUAACAAUGCUCGUGUUCCAUGCGGUCAUCGUGGUGUUCCUUGGCGCGCUGGUGCAGGCCGAGUUUCCAUGCGAAGCUAACAAACCAGGCCAGAACUGGGUGGCCGAUCCAAGGGACUGUUCCAAGUUCUACCUGUGUUUUGCUGGAAAGAAAUACGACUUCGACUGCGGCAAGAGUGUGUGGGACCCAGACACCAAGACGUGCGUGGGUCGGGGGUCACGGUGGGACAAAUGCAGUAUCAAAACCGAAUUGGAGAAGCUAAAUCCAUGCUACGAAGGCGGAAACGGAAUGACUGCCAAGUCCGACAACUGUGCCCAGUAUUUCGAUUGCAGAUCAAGGGAGACUACUAUCAGCCAAGACCCUCACUUGAAAGAAUGCCCGUACCCACUUCUCUACAACGAAGACGAAAAGCGGUGUGAGCCGCACACUUCAGUCGAGUGUGGCAAGAGAAAAGAACCCGUGGACCCAUGUGAAUACGAAGCGAACCAGUGCAAGUUUGCUCACUGUGUGCCCUGUAACGUCCGGUUUUCCAGCUGCAACGCACUGCCAGACGGACUCAAUCCAUGGGUCGGGAGAGAGUGGUCUCCCUUCUUUGUCGUCUGCCAAAAGAACCGUGUUGUGUACAAUGGCCAGUGCGACAUGACGAAUGGACUUCAAAUGUUCAGUCCAAUUAAGAAAAUGUGUGUGGAUGCAGAUUUUAAGAAAGAUAUGGAAUGAAAAACAAUCAUGACAUUUAUUUUUCCUGAUUAAAAAAAUAAUAAAAUUUAA